AUGAUAAUACUUCAACUCAUGCAUUUUCAGAACUGUUGGCCAAUUGCCAACUUUUCUAACUCCAUGAUCUCGCAACCGAUGAUAGCUCAUCCACAGAUGACACAUCAGUGGGAUGUUCAACUAGCGACGCAGAAAGCUUUUCAGGCUUUCAAUGUGUCUCAAAAAAUGCCAGCAGUGCAACAGAGCUCUCAGUCUCAACCUCAACAACGCACAUCAUGCGAAGCUAGCACAACACCAUAUACUGAUGCCACCAAUUGCAAGAAAUCAAGCAAUCAUAUAAAAAGACCUAUGAAUGCAUUCAUGGUUUGGUCACAAUUGGAGAGAAGAAAAAUUUGUGAGCAUCAGCCAGAUAUGCACAACGCCGAAAUCAGCAAACAGUUAGGCUCCAGGUGGCGCCAGUUGUCAGAAGUUGAAAAAGCUCCUUUCAUACAAGAAGCGGAAAGACUCCGUCUCAUGCACAUGCAAGAGUAUCCGGAUUAUAAAUACAAACCAAGAAAGAAGGCAAAGAAAAAUACUGAGGGAGCACAACAGAAUCCACAAACAAAUCAAAACAGUCAGCCAGCGUCUCCAAGAGGAAAGGGCCAGAAACGGUCUUCACAGCAAAUGGGAGGUAUGGGAAUAGCUAUAAAUGGCUCACAAGACUCUUACCCCAUCGGGAAAAAUAUGAAAAUCGAACAUGAUGUACAUACAGUACCACCAUUCAUAUCUUCCUCCCCUUCUGACGAUCUCAAGAUUUCGCAACAGAAACAACAGGAGCUCCGUUUGUUCCAUCCAGCAUACCCAUCUCCGUCGGAGUUCGGGCAUGCUCCUUUAACUCCAGAAUCAGGAUUUUAUGAUGAUUUCUACUCAGCCCCCUGUCCAUUCAGUGUUUCCACUGGUGGAAGCCCUCCCAGCAAAACACCUAUUCUUAUGCCAAUGCAACUAAUUCCUCAGAUGGAAGUGACUCAAAUCAAUUCUAACUACCACUCGUCUUCUCAUCCUAUUCCAAUUGUUCAAAAUCAGCAAGGAAAUCCAAACUCAUCUGCUUCAUCACAAAUGAUCCGACAUGCACAAGCUUCUGGUCAUUUUUUCACUCAGCAGCAAUCAUCUCCAAUUCAACAACAAAACUCUUCGGAUCAGGAUGAUAUGCGGUCUCACUCCUCCGGGUCUUCUGGCUACAGCAGCAUUGCAACCGAUCCUUCUGACCCUUUGACUAUGUCCUUCGGUCACCAACCCUUCGUCCAGAACUUUCCCGAAGCCGAGUUAUUACCCUCCAUUUAUGAUUUUAACUUUACCGCAGCGGUAAACGGAGCUCAAGGCUGGAAUGAAGCAAUAUGGCAGGGACAUCUAGCGAACGCCCCGGCUUUUGAGCAUAUUCCUAUUUAA